AUGCUGAGCCACGUGGCAAUCACGCGCCAGCGCACGGCAAACGAUUUUUUUCGCCUUCGCCUUGUUCAAGACAGUCCUGUCGCGUGGAGUAUUUGGAGUUGUUGGGGCCCCGUCGGCGACGUUGGAGAGUGCGAAAAGGAGGGGCCAUGGCAAUCGCUGGAGCAUGCCGAAAGCGCAUUUUGCCAGCGAUUCCAAGCCAAGACUAAAAACAAAUGGGCCGACCGGCACCAGUUUGAGGUCAAGCCAGGCGCGUAUGGAAUCGUCGACCUGGACAAUGGGCGCCAUCGAUCCGCCGUUGCUGCCGCGGCAUCUCUGGCGGAAUCGCAUCGCCCCCAACAAGGUGUUCGAGUGUUUUUCGAUGCGUGGGACGGGGGCGUGCAUUUGGACAUGAAGUGCAUGCCCCUUGGGACUUUGAGCGCCCGCCAAAUCGAAAAAGGCAUGGCUGUGCUUGACGCCCUGCGGGGCUGCGUGGACAGUGGAAGCGUCUUGAAGAGCAUGUUUCAAUCUCUAUCGGCCCACUUCUACCAGAUCAUUCCGCACGCAAGCCCCCUGGUCGUGCUUUCCACUCGCAAACAACUCAAUACAAAGCACGGCAUGCUGUCUCGACUCCACGGCCUCGUCACCGGUGCCACCAUCGAGAAUGCCAUGCGGUCCCAUCGCAUGAUGACCCCAUCGUCGCUUCAUUGUGACCUCGACACGGUGACUCGAAUGGACUCGAUGCAUCCAGUCAUCAUAAAGUACAUUUCGAACGGUGGAGGCGACAUGGCCAAAGUGGUGGGCAUUUGA